AUGGUCGAGGUGGACGAGGCCUCCCUGGAUGCCCCCACGCCCUCGUCACAGCGCUCGGAGCCCCCGCUGGAGGGCAGCCCCCUGCCCAGCACCACACACGUGGCCUUAACAGAAAGCAGCUCACCGCUCCUCCCCGCUUCUCACACCACCUUUUUUGACCAAGGACAAACGGCCCCCAGCAUCCUCAUGGGGAACUACGUGUCACUGAGGAACAAGGAGGUGGUCCCAGAAGAUGACGAGAUGGACAACUUUCUGCCAGACGCCCCCUGGACCACAACGCAGGCCCUCCCUCCCGCAGAGGAUGUCACAGCCAGCCCACGAGGACUGCCCACAGACAUCCCAGGAGCUGUGCUGACCCCAUCCAUACCCCUCAGUUCUCUUCAUGUCCAAAAGGUGGCAUCUGCUUGGUACCCCAGCACACAGCCAGCCCCCACAGACGCUGACCCCCAGGCUGGCCAUUCCAGCCCGACUCCAUCAGCCCUCGCCACCUCCAAGGGCUUGGCUCCGACCCUGAGCGGGAACUUGGUGCUCUAUCCCACCCACAGCGUUGGGCUCUGGUCCAGUGGGACUGUGCCUGAGAUGGUGGCUUCAGAUGGGGAGGCUGGGGUGACCCCAGCCUUCAGUGUCCUGUCUUCAGUGCCUGAGACAAUGGUCCAUGGCCUUACUCGGCAGCCAUUUCUUCCCUCGGUGGAGGCCACCCAGCUCCCCGAGCAGGUUCUAGAAGCAAGUAAGGAUGACAGCUAUGUGGAGGUGACCCCCACGUCCAGCUAUGGCCUCGUGGGCACCAUUUACCCGUGGAUGUACCUGGCCACCCACCUCCCUGACACAGCCUUCACUUCCCGCAGCCACACAAAUGACACUUGGUUUUCAGCCCCUUUGGCGUUUGAACCGUUUUCUACUUUAUCGGCUGAUGUUUCCCGUCACCUGUUUCUUGCUGACACUUCCAGUGCCAUGUCUGCAUUGCCCGAUACCUCGGGGGUCCCCAGUCAAGUGGCCGAGGUGCCCAUCCUGAGCCCCACACCACUCUCUGAAGUGCAGGCCUGGGUCUCAUCCUGUGACCCGUUGCCUCAGUGGCCUCUGUCCUCGAGUCUCUUGGAGAAAGACAUGGGCUCAGGUGACGGUCCGGAGACCUUGACCUUGACCAGCUGGCAAGCGAGCAGCCUCGGCCCACCAGCCAGUGUAGACAUGACAGGCUUCCCUGAGUUUGAGGAGAACCCUCCUGAGUUUAACACGCUUUUCCCCUUGCGGCCUGUGGUCUCUCUCUCUUCUCCACCAGUGGUGACCUCAGACUUGAGCCUCGGAACAGCAGAGGUGGACACGCGUGGUGUCGUCUCCACUCUCAUUCCUCCGCUGCAUGACAGCCCUUCUGUCACUACGUCGCUGGACACUGUGGCCUUCAGCCCCCCCUGGCUUGUGGCCUCAGAAGUCAUGCUGUCCAGCGUGGCGUCCAUGCUUCCCUCCGUCCUCAACAGCGUUCACCUCCACUCAUCUUCCUCGAUCACGAUGGACGUAAGCACCCUGAGGCUUGAGACCACAGAGCCAGGCCCUUCCAUGCCCCAGAGUCUGGACCCUUCAGUUGACUCUUGGCUUUUCUCUCACCAAGAAUCAUCUCAUUUUUCCCAGCACGAAAUCACAAGUACUUUGGAUUUUGUCUCUGGCUUCUUCUCAAGGCCUUCGCUGGAGCUCAGCGGCUUGGAGUCUCCGUCCUCACGAGUUCUGGCGUCCACGUCCUCUGUGCCCAGUGGACGGUGGACACCCACUUCUCAGGCCUCGUCUGUACUGGCGGAGUCCUUCACGUCGUCUGCCUCUGUCAGCUGGUGGCCUUCUCCGUCUCCCCCUAAUUCCACGCACCUUGGCUCUUCCCAGCUCUGGCCAAGUGAGGAUCUUCUUUCUAGCACGUUGCCUCUUCCACCUGGACCCUCUGAAAUGCCGCCAUCGCUGUCCAGUUUCCCAGCUGAUUCUUCCACGUCCUCUGAAGCACCAUCGAUUUUGCUGACAGACUCUGGCCCUCAUCUUACCUCAGUUUUUUCUGAAACUACCUCUCAUUUUGAGUUCUCGCUCAUUUCCCAUGACUUUUCAGUCACUACACUGGCACCUUCCAGUUCUGCGUCUGCCUUUGACCUUGUAGUUGAUGGGACUGUCUUAACAUCAUUGACUGUGUCUCAUCCUCCACUCACGUCCACGCAGUCAUCUUUCUUUCCAACUCCCAUGCCUCCUGACGAUGGCAUCACCUCCACACAUUACCACACGUCUGUCCUCCCCUCCUCUUCCACCAUCACCCCCACCAUGACCUCCUCAAUAGUGGAUGUGUCCCUGCCACCCAUGUCCUCAUUUGUCUCUGAGGUGACCCCUUCACCGUUCCUCACAGAGCCAAUGUCUGUGGCCCCAUCCUUGGUACCCACAGAUUUACCAGCCAACACCUCCACUGAACCCAGCCCGUCUAAUUCCAGUGCGGCUGCUGUUGGCACCGUUGACCCCACUCCCAGCCAGAGCAGCAAGAAUGGAAGUGAGGAUCUGCACGAGGCCUCCACAGCUCCUCCCCAGCCCUCACCUCCUCCGGGGACCACAGCCACUCCUGGAGCCAUACUCGACACACCAGCCGUGGUCACCAGCAAGCCGCCGUAUGUGUGUGAUAUCACCGUCCCCGAUGCCUAUCUCAUCACAGCUGUGCUGGCCCGCAGAGCUGUGCAGGAGUACAUCAUCAUGUCCAUCAAGGAGGUGCUGCGUGUCCACUUCAACCGGGCUGUGGAGCUGAAGGUCUAUGAGAUCUUCCCCGACUUCACUUUCCUGGUGACGUCCAGCCCGUUUGUGUACACUGCGAUAUCGGUGAUAAACGUGCUUGUUGGGAGCAAGCUGGUGCGUGACCAGACACCUCUAAUCCUGUCCCUGCGACCAUCCUUCUCGCUGCCCGAUGCCAGGUUCCAAGUCCAGACAGUUCUCCAGUUCGUGCCGCAGAGUGUGGACACUGGCUUCUGCAACUUCACCCAGCGCAUUGAGAAGGGCCUGAUGGUCGCGCUUUCAGAAGUGAGGAGGCACUCGCCGGGUGCCCAGAACCUCACGGUGCAGGUCCUGAACGUCACCAGGGGCCCCUCCCAGCCAGCACGGCGGGGCCCCGUCAGCAUUGUCUUUGCUGUCCGGAGCCCCAGUGGCUAUCUCAACGGCUCGGAGGUGAGCGAACUUCUUCGGAACCUCAGUGUGGUGGAGUUCAGCUUCUACCUUGGCUAUCCUGUGCUGCAGAUUGCCGAACCUUUCCAGUAUCCACAGCUCAACCUUUCCCGGCUCUUGAAGUCCUCCUGGGUGAGAACAGUCCUCCUGGGCGUCUUUGAGAAGCAGCUUCAAAACGAAGUCUUCCAAGCUGAGAUGGAGCGCAAGCUGGCCCAGCUGAUCAGUGAGGUCCUCUCCCGGCGGCGUGUGUGGAGGAGAGCCACUAUGGCUGCCGGCAGCAGCGUAGUGCAGGUGGUGAACGUGUCCCGGCUGGAGGGUGAUGACCAUCCUGUACAGCUCAUCUACUUUGUGGAGGGACGAGACGGAGAGAGACUCAGCGCUGUGAGGUCUUCAGACCUGAUCAACAGGAUUGACGUCCAGAGAGCGGCCAUCAUUCUGGGCUAUCGGAUCCAGGGCGCCAUUGCCCAGCCCGUGGACAGGGUGAAGAGGCCUUCCCCGGAGGCCCAGAGCAGCAACCUCUGGGUCAUCGUGGGCGUGGUCAUCCCGGUUCUCGUGGUCAUGGUGAUCGUAGUUAUCCUCUACUGGAAGCUCUGCCGGACGGACAAGCUGGACUUCCAGCCGGACACCGUGGCCAACAUUCAGCAGCGGCAGAAGCUGCAGAUCCCCAGCGUGAAGGGCUUUGACUUUGCCAAGCAGCACCUGGGCCAGCAUAGCAAGGGCGACAUUCUGAUAAUCCAUGAGCCAGUGCCCCCGCCGGGCCCCAUCAAGGAGCACACGCCGCCCUCCGAGAACGGAGACGUGCCCAGCCCCCAGGCCAAGGGCCCCUCCAAGGGCCUCCGCCACCGAGGAAGGGUCUCUCCCUCGGACGCAGACUCCACCGUCAGUGACGAGUCCAGUGAGAGGGAAGUAGGUGACAAGGCCCCUGGAAUGGUCAAUGACAGCAGGGCCUCCCGAGGCCCGCAAAACGGGCCACCCCCCGCCGCCUCAGGUCCAGAGCAGCACUCCUCGGCCUCCAUCUUCGAGCACGUGGACAGGGUCUCCCAGUCGGCUGAGGCCAAUCGCCGGGUCCCCAGCAAGGUCCAGCUGAUUGCCAUGCAGCCUAUCCCAGCACCCCCCAUCCAGCUGCCCACACUGGGUGACCGAGUGGCCGAAACCAACAAAAUUAACAAGGAGAUUCAGACCGCGCUGCGGCACAAGUCUGAGAUCGAGCACCAUCGGAACAAGAUCCGUCUCCGCGCCAAGCGCCGCGGCCACUACGAGUUCCCAGUGGUGGACGACCUGUCCUCGGGGGACACCCGGGAGCGCCACCGCGUGUACCGCCGCGCGCAGAUGCAGAUCGACAAGAUCCUGGACCCCACGGCCAGCGUACCUUCCGUGUUCAUCGAGCCCCGGAAGAGCUCACGCAUCAAGCGCUCUCCCAAGCCACGCAGGAAGCACCAGGUCAACGGCUGCCCCGCGGACGCCGAGAAGGACCGGCUCAUCACCACGGACAGUGAUGGUACCUACAAGCGGCCGCCUGGCGUGCACAACUCGGCCUACCUCGGCUGCCCGUCUGACCCUGACCUUCCGGCAGAUGUCCAGACGCCGUCCUCCGCUGAGCUGGGGCGGUACCCCGGCCUGCCCUUCCCGACCUCUCAGUACAUCCCGCCGCAGCCGUCCAUCGAGGAGGCCCGCCAGACCAUGCACUCCCUCCUGGACGACGCCUUCGCCCUCGUGGCCCCCAGCAGCCAGCCGGCCAUCUCUGCGGGUGCCGGGCCUGGACUCCCUGCCGGCCUGCCCGUCAACAGCACUCCAUCCCGUGAAGAGCGGAGGGCUACCCAGUGGGGUGCCUUCUACAGCCCGGCCCAGGCGCCCAACAACCCGUGCAGCAGGUAUGAGGACUAUGGGGUGACGCCCCCGACGGGACCAUUGCCAAGGCCCAGCUUUGGCCCCGGACUGUUGCCGUCCUCGGACCUGGGGCCCCCAGAGCCCAUGCAGCCCCAGGCUGAAGCGCCCUUCACUGCCCGCGGGAUCUACUCGGAGGAGGUGGCCUCGGUGGCCCGGCCCCGGCCUGUCGGGGGCACCACAGGUUCCCAGAUCCAGCACCUCACGCAGGUGGGCAUCUCGAGCAGGGUUGGUGCUCAGCCUGGGGAGGCGCCUCCAGGCCGGAGUGGCCAGUACGGGGGCCCAGGAUGGACAGUGUACGGGGAGGAUGAAGCUGGGCGGAGAGAGGCUCCCCACGUGCUCAGCCAUCAGGAGUACCCCUCCCCGCCGCUGUUUCAGGUGCCAAGGACUUCGGGCCGCGAGCCCUCAGCCCCUCCCGGGACGGGCCCUGCCAGGCCACUGCAGGGCCCCGGGCUGCCAUACGCCACCAGCUCCACUGAGGACCUGCAGCCCGGCCACUCGUCCACAUCGCUCAUCAAAGCCAUCCGCGAGGAGCUGAUGCGCCUCUCCCAGAAACAGACGGCCGUGCAGAACUUCCACAGCUGA